AUGAUACCUACUCCUACCCCACCUCCCGGUCUUUCUGUUCUAACGGCUCAACAACAAAGAGCAAACGAAUUAACCAAGAUUGCCAAAACUCAAAUCGUAUUCAAAAUCGGUGGUCUCACUGAGGAAAACUUUGCUUAUGCUCAACAAGAAAUUCAAGCUGUUGUUCGUCAAAAUCCAGGUGAUACAGACUUGUUUUACAUCCAACGUCUUAUUCACGCUUCAAUCUCAGCUUUAGGAUUUCAAUCUUCACAUAAUCUCUCCUCUGGUCUAGUCCUCAACUCACCAUCUCAAUCCCAAUUGGCUCUAAGGCUCUUAACUUCUGAACUCAAACUCUUGGCUCGUGAUCCGUUUUCAUCCAACAAGUUUGCAACUGCUCUAGCAGCUGCACUUCAUGCUGGUGAUGCAUUCGAAUUACCUCCAUUCAUUCGAGCUACCUCAUUAUCACCACUCGAACGAUUACUCUUACUUCCACCUUUAUUAGGACUUCUUUCUCUUACACCACCUCCACCUCCACCUACAGCUCCUCUUCCACCCGGUUUACCACCUCCACCAGUCUCGAGUCAGUAUCAACAUCCAGCGCUUUUAGCCAAAAAGCGACAAAUCGCUCGCGAUGCUGUUCAAAGCUUACGUGAAACGAUCGGUGCUGCACUUCAUAGCCUAUCGAUCCCUGUCACGCCAUCAACACAAACCCCUUCUCCAUCUGCUGCUAACAACAACAGCAAUAACAACAAUGCAUCAGAUGAACAAUUACCCGAACUAACUGCUAUUCAACUCUCAAAGCUACUCGCCAUCAUCAUCUCUGAUACCACCGUUCCUGCUGCUGUUGCAUCUGAGGAACAAGAACAAGAACCUGAAUGGCUCUGGACACCUACAGUUCAACGUGCUGCUGUACAAGCUCUAGUGUCUCGUGUCGGACAAGAGUUGGCAUCUCAGAUCGCAAAUCAUUGUCUUUCAGAAGCUCGAUUCCCAUCCAAUCCCACUCCAAUCUCACUUCUUUACCGAAUAUGUUCCGAUCCAACGAUUUGUACAGCUGAUCUUUGUAAAUCAGUUCUUAUCAAAACUGGUCGAGCUCAUCCAAAAGGUACACCUGAAGGAGAAGUCAGCGAUCAAUUACGUGAAUUGAUUCUUCUAGCUACCAAAUAUGGAGCCGAGUUUCAUAUCGACCAUGUCUCUUGGAUUCGUGGUGUUGGAGAACUUUACUCUAAUCGAAUCCGUUGGUCAGAUGUAAUCCAAUUAACCUUUGAUCGACCUAAUGGAUCAACUUUACCUGAAGCAUGGGGAUUACGCUUCCUUGCCAAAGUUUUAAGUUUGGCACCAUCCCUCACACUUUCCUCAUCCGAUACUACCGGUACUUCUCAAGCACCGGAAGUCUCUACCCCUACUUCUACCUCGAGUCAUAGCGCUGCAGGUAGCACUCGAUCGGAUGCUCCUCCUACUGAACUUGCACCUUCAUCGACCGAACCUACUCGAACAUCUACCAGUCGUUCAACUGCUGCCAUUUCAAGCUUGUUUGAACGAUGGCGUAGUCCGCUUGCCAAGGUUCAACUUAUCGAUCGACUUCUCUCUCUUCCACUUGACGCCUCUCCCUUCCUACACGCUCUCAAACCCACUCCACUCUCUCCAAUGGUCGGUCCAGCUUGUCAUAGACUGGUGGCAACUGAAGAAGUAGCAUUGAUGGGAGCUUCAGCCACCAUUCGACUUUUAGCCAAAUCAGUCGAAAUGAGCGGUUGGAAUGUAAAGGAACUCCUGUGCGAGAUCACUUCACUUCUUGGUCAAGCUCCAGUCCAAGAGCCUGGAAUCCGUCUAGAGGACGGUGAGGCCGAGAAAGUGAUUGAGAAAUCAUCAGAGAUCAUGGAACGAGCGUGUAAAGCCAAUCCUGAGUUGGUCAUGAUUGCUCUCAUUCAAGUCGAGCGACCAUGGGGUGUCUUACACAAUGAUCUAGCAUCUCAAUUACUUCAAUCUUUCCUCACUGGUCAUCCAUCUCAUCAACUUGUCUUCCUUAGAAUCUGGCAACUCGAUCCUUCUUUUCUCAUGGCUGCCUUGCGAGAGUUUUAUGAGUCGAACGAAAUGAAUGUCACUCGAGUACUAGAUAUUGCUCAAGACCUUAAAAUUCUAGAACAAGUGUUGAAUUGCCAACCAUCCGUGCAAAUGGUUCUCGAUCUUGCUUCAUUAGCCUCAAGAAGGGAAUACCUCAACCUAGACAAAUGGCUCGGUGAUCGGCUCAGUUCAUAUGGUCGAGGAUUUGCAAACGGAUGUUUAGAGUUCUUGGCAAAAAAAGUAUCACAUGACCUAGGUCGACAAACCGAUGGCCCUGCCUCUAAUACCCUAACCGCCGCCGAGCCUAGUACACUUAGUCUCAGUGCACCUACGGUCUCAAUCUUUAUUCGAAUCAUUAGGCACCAACAUGAAUUGUUGAGUGUAGAAGAAUUAGAAAGAUUCAAAGAAGUUCGAACCCAAGCUGUCCAACUUCAUCCUAAACUAAUGAACUUCUUACCUGGCAAUGAGGAUGAACCAGGAAUUCAAUUAUCUUCAUUUGAUUCACGCACAGAGGCAGAGGUAGAUGCGUUUUAUAAAAAGAUGUAUGAUCUUGAAUUAUCAGUAGAUCAAAUCGUAGGCAUCUUAAGAGCUAUGAGAGAUAGCUCAGAAGUUCAUUCUCAUCAAUUCUUGGCCUGUCUACUUUCAGGUUUAUUUGAUGAAUAUAAAUUCUUUGCAACUUAUCCAGCUAAAGAAUUAGGAUUAACAGCUGCUUUGUUUGGGUCAUUGAUUAGAGAACAAUUGAUUGGAUAUGUACCACUUGGGAUUGCAGUAAGAUACGUAUUAGAUGCGAUCCGACAUCCGAUUGAAUCGAAAUGGUAUGCAUUCGGAUCUCAAGCUUUGGCAAGAUUUCAAAAUCGAUUAGAAGAAUGGCCGCAAUUGGCAGCUGCCGUUUCAGAAGUCGAAUCUUUAAAACUUACACAUCCUGAAGUGUAUCUUCGAGCGAAAUCGGUCUUGACGGGUGAUCGGUUUGAUGAAAAUCAAUACCUUGCAACUUUGGUUGGAAAAGGAGGAGAUGACGAUCUAGUGACUGGAGGUUUAAUUGGAGAUCAACAACUUACAAGAACAAAUUCAGAGGAUUCAGACGAACCGCUUGCACUACUGUUUCCUGCGAUUCAAUCUGAUGACGAUCUAAUCAAAAGAGAACUCAAACGAAGAAAGAUGUUAGGAACUUAUCAACAAGAUCAAUCAUCACAAGAAAGAGAUCCAAGAUUGAUGACUUCAAAAGAAAGUUUUAUUGAACCACCUGAAGCGACUUCAGAUAAGAUUUUAUUUAUAGUCAAUAAUCUAGCACCGAAUAAUUUAGAUUCAAAAUUAUCUGAACUUUCUAAUGCACUUAGUCCAGAGUUUGAUGGUAGAGCAGGAUUAAAAUUAAAUCUAAAGUUUGAAAUUGAAGUGUUGUGUAAAGCUUUAGAAGUAGAAUUGAACGAGAUUAAAGGAUCAGAAGAAGUUCGAAGAGAACUAGAAGAAGUAGAAGAGAUGAAAAAGAUCAAAGAAGGUAGAGAGAUUGGAGAAGGAGCGACUUCAAGUCAAUUACCAUUACAUUCACUUCAUCAACACUUAGGAACAGAUGCAGGAGUGACAGGUGGAAGAACAAGUGAAAUGGAGAUUGAGAAUGUGAUUGGUAGAGCUACUGGAAUGAUGUCACAACAACAAAGUUCACUUCAACAAUCACUUCAUCAACAACAAGUUUCUGUUGAUGGGAUUGAAGGUGUGGGGAAGAUUAUGGGAGGUGGAUUACAACCGUUAUCUACUGGUCAAGGAGGAUUAGGUGGACAAGUGGGAUAUGCGAAUAGUUUACAAGAUUUAUUGAAACAAGCUUUAGUCGAAUUACCUUUAUUGAUGAGGUUUGGAACUACUGGAGGUUCUGGGAAUGGGAUGUCUAAUGAUGAGAAUCGAAUGAAAUGGUGGAGAGGAAUCGUAUUUAAUUCGAUUGAAAGAGCCAUUCGAGAUAUUAUUGGACCAGUAGUCGAAAGAUCAGUCACGAUUGCAAGUCUUUCAACUCGAGAAUUAAUGUUGAAAGAUUUUGCAAUGGAAGGAGAUGAAAAUAAGAUGAGAUUAGGUUCAAUGAUGAUGGUUAGAGGUUUAGCUGGUUCAUUAGCUCUAGUGACUACAAAAGAACCUCUAAGGAAUAUGAUCAUUAGUAAUCUUAGAUCUUCGGUUUCUUCUUUUGAUCAAUGGACAGUCGAAGAAGACGAGAUUUUAGGUGUUACUAAUGAGAAUUUAGAAGUUGGAUGUCAGGUUAUUGAAAAAGUUGCGGCUCAGAAGGCUAUGAUGGAAAUCGAAAUUAGUUUAGGACCUGCUUUUGAAGCUAGAAGAAGACAUAGAGAGCAUACCACCAAUGCAUUUUGGGAUACAUCUGCAAUGGCAGCAUCCCAUUAUUCUGGAAUGUUACCUAUGCCAUUAAGAUUAAAAUUAGGAGGAUUAGAUGAAGAUCAAUUGAGGAUUUAUCAAGAAUUUUCAAUUCAUCAAUCGAUUCCUUCUACCGGUAAUCCUAAUAAUUCUACUUGGGGUAAUUCUGGUUUACAAUCACAAGGUGGGAAUAAAGAUGAUGAAGGGGCAGGAAGGGAAGGUGAAGUUAGACAGAAGGAUGUGGUUAAUGAAGCUAUGAAUGCAAUCAAUUCUUUGGCAGCUGAAUUAGAUUCAACAACCAAUGUAGAUGAAAGUUCGAUUAAAGAAGGAUUAGAAACUUUGAUGGGAUAUCUAAAUGAAGGAGGAGCUACUUUAAUGGUUGCACAAAAAUCAGUUGCAAUGUUAUAUAGAUCUCAAUCUGAUAGAUUAGGACGUGAAGUGUUUGUUAGAGUCUUGGAAAGGAUUUGUUUCUUGAGUCCUAAAGUCGGACAAGAAGUCUGUCAAUGGUUGUUAUAUGCUGAUGAUGAAAGGAAGUAUAGUGUUCCGGUUACUUUGGCAUUAGUUUCAAGAAGGAUUGUACCGGUUGUUGAAUUCGAUGGUGUUAUGGCUAGAUUGAUCUUGAAGGAUUUUAAACCCACUCUCAUGAGUUUUGUGGCGCAAUUCUUGGUGGCUAUUGUGGAAUCUGAAGGUUGUGUAAUACCGAUUGGAAUGAUGAAACAUUCAAUUAUGACUUUGAAUAGAGCUGUUCAAAUUGGUCGUGCAAGUCCUGAGGUGACAAGUAUCAUGGAAAGAAUGCAAAACAAAUUAUCAGUAGUGAUGAGUAAAGAAUCAGAUCCGAAAUCGAUAAACAACAACAACACAAGUACAAGAGAAGAGAAUGAAUUAAGAGAACAAUUAAGUUUUUGUUUUGCAGAAUGGAUUCGAAUCUAUUCGAAUUCAUAUUCAAUAGAGAAACCAUUUAUAGAUUUUGUUGGAUCAUUACAAGCACAUGGAAUUUUAAAAGGAGAAGAACUUUCAUCAGCAUUCUUUCGAAUUUGUAUGGAAUUAAGUUUAGAUUCAUAUAUCAAAUCUAAAGCAAAUGGAGGACAACCUAAUAGAGGAAUUUUUCAACCAGUCGAUGGAUUUGCAAAAUUGAUUUCAUUAAUGAUCAAAUACCAUACAGACCCAACAGGUGAAGAUAUUGGUAAAGCUAAAACUCAUUAUAUGAUGAAAUUAUUAUCAAUUGUUUUAUUGGUGAUGAGUAAAUUUCAAAAAGAAUUAGGUCAACAUUUUCAACAAAAACCGUUUUUUAGAUUCUUUUCUAGUUUAUUGGUUCAUUUAAAUUCACUAGAAUCACAUCUUGGUAAUUCUUAUCAAUCUUUGAUGAUGACUAUCAGUAAUUUGAUUGAUUCGAUGCAACCUGCGAACUUCCCUGGAUUUGCUACUUCUUGGAUGGCAUUAAUUAGUCAUCGACUAUUGAUGCCUAAAUUAUUGAUGUUUAAAGAUCGAGAAGGAUGGCCAACAGUUCAUAGAUUACUUUUAACGCAUUUAAAGUUUUUAAACCCGUUUUUAAAAGAAAAUCAAAAGAUGGAUGAAGUCUCACAAACACUUUAUACAGGCACUGUACGAAUCUUUUUAGUGUUAUUACACGAUUUUCCAACCUUCUUAGCAUUUUAUUAUCAUUCAUUCCUUAAUGGAUUACCGAUUUAUGCUAUUCAAUUAAGUAAUGUGAUCUUAGCUGCUUAUCCGGUUGGAAUUAGAUUAGUAGAUCCAUUUGUUAGUGGGUAUCAAUUAGAAAAUAGUUUAGAAGUUAAAUCAAUACCAUUAAUCGGCUCUGAUUUUACAAGUGUUUUAGAAAUCAAUGGAAUCAAAGAAAGGUUUGAAAAGGUUUUCAGUUUAGUUGAACUUGGAAUUGGAGGAAGAACAGAAUUAGAAAUCGAAAGGAAAGAAUUAAUUGUAGAGUUCAAGAAUCGAAUUGAAAUUGAUAGGAAAUCUUCGAAUGGAUUGAUCAAUGCAUUGGUUUUGACACUUGGAAUUAAAGCGAUUGGGACUGGAAAGUUUGGGGAUGUUGGGAAUGGGUUUGAUGAAAGUUGUGAAUCUGUGAUUAUCUUGAAAGAACUUAUUGAAACAUCUGAUCCAGAAGUUCGAUAUAUGAUACUUGUUUCAUGUAUAUAUCAAUUAAGAUGGCCAAAUGCACAUACGAAUUGGUAUGUAAACUUAUUACUGAACAUUUAUUCCAACAAAACCAAUUCUUCAAGUUCGAUCACUUCAACCAACACAAACGGAAGUCAUUCAAGAGAAAUCAUUAAAGAACAAAUCUUAAGAGUCUUCUUGGAAAGAAUCUUGGUACAAAGACCUCAUCCGUUUGGAAUAAUUUAUGGAUUUAUUAAAUUAUUGGGAUUGAUGAAAGAAGAAAAAGAGAAAGAUGGAGAGAUUGGAGGAUUGAGAGUGAUUGAAGAAUGUAAAGAAUUAAAAGCAUUGUUUGGGAUUUGUAGAAGGUUUGUUUAAAGAUUUGAAAGAUAAAAAAGAUUGAAAAGGAUAAGAAAGAAGUAUAGAAUAGAUUGGAUUGGAUUGGACUGGAUUGGAAAGAAAUUGUAUUUUGAAAAAAGUGAUGUGAAGGGGUGGAUUGAUUUUUUUCUUGUGUGCGUUGUGUGUGUGUGUGUUUUUAGAUAUGAAACAAAAUGUUUGUUGAUUUUUUUAGAAGAAAAAAAAUCGUUAUCUUUUCUUUUCUGUUUUCUUUUCUCUUUUUUUUUUAUUCUUCUUCCUUUUUUUUUCUUUUUGGUUCUGGUUUCUUAAAUCUUUUUACUUGGAGAAUUUGAUGGGAUAUAUAUAUAUAUUCAUAUAUAAUGGUAAAUAUAUAAAUAUACGUAUAAUUUUUU